GAGGGGCUGCAUAAUUCACAGCAUUCUGCCAUUCUGUGGGAGGAGGAGGUAGAGGAGGAACCCAGGACUACAUGGCCAAGUCCACUCUCAGGAGGCUACAUGGAAGGAAACGUGGCAGACCAUAAACAUCUUACUGGAGCUCUUCUGCACAAUAAUCAGGAAGCUGAAAUGAUUGAAUGCGUCAGCUGCAUGGACUGACACGAUGGAAAUUCUGAUGUCUGAAAAUCUAAAGUAUCAGCUGUAUUGUCUCCGCCUGUCAUGAGCUUGAGCUACUUGGGGAUGUGCAGAACAGAGAUUUUGCUUCAGUCCAUCACCAAAACAGCUUUUAGCUUUUAAAACUUCAGGAUGAAUUUCUCAGAAUUUCAAGUCUCCAACUCACUGCUGUCUACAAACGGCUCGUUUGGUGUGGUCAAGGACAUGGGCAGUGACUUCCUUCACCAGAAUGGUGAACUGGAGAGGCUGCUGCUGUUGACGAUCCGGGAGCCGACCACCAUUGCGCUCACGGUGAUGUACUCAAUGUCAUUCGUGGUGGGAUUCGUUGGGAACAUCAUGGCAAUCCGGAUGCUCACUGGUCAGAGGAGCAGGAGGGUCCAGAGUGUCAGUGCCACCCGUAGCUUACUGAUUAACCUGGCUGUCUGUGACCUGAUGGUAGUUUGCAUCUGCAUGCCCAUCACCCUGGGGCACACCAUCUACACGGCUUGGGUGUAUGGAGACCUGCUGUGCAGGGCAGUUCCCUUCAUCCAGGCUGUGUCUGUUGCAGCCAGCGUCCUCAGUCUGACGGUCAUCAGCAUCAACAGGUACUACAGCGUCCACAGCCCACUGAACGCCCGCUCUUACUUCACUCAGAGGAAAAUCUAUAUAACCAUUGGUGUGGUUUGGGUCCUCAGCUCGGGCAUCUGCACCCCUCUCCUCUUCAUGGUCAAGCUGGAUGAGAUCCACUUGAUUGACAUCACAGUCCACAUCUGCAGAGAGCUUUGGCCGCAAGCGAGGCUCAAGCAGGUUUAUAACGUCCUCCUCUUCAUUACGCUCUACUGCAUCCCUGUGGCCUUUAACCUGACCAUCAGCUUCCUCACAGGCCGUAAGCUUUGGAGGGCAUCACAGCGUUUUGAUAGCUUUGACCCACGCAGCCAGGUGGUGUAUGCCUCGUGCCUGAAGACGCGCAAGAAGAUUGCCAAGGUGGUGGUCACCCUGGUCCUGCUGUUCGCCAUCUCCUGGCUGCCCUUGUAUGUGGCCGACAUUUUGAUCGACCGCGAGAUGCACCCUCCGCACUGGAUCCUGCAGACCCGGCCGUUUGCCCAGUGGCUGGGCCUCACCAACUCUAGCCUCAACCCCAUCUGCUACUGCUUUUUAGGGGACUUGCAUCGCUCUGCCAAGGUGCUCAAGUCCAAGUACCACCAGCGAGUGCUCUCUCUCCUCAGGACAUCCAGCUCCAACAAGCUGCCAAGACUGCUUUCUUUCAAGAGGCAGCCGUCAAGCCAGAGGCACGGGCCCAGGACUCAGGUGUCUGAGGAGACGCUCUCAGACUGGUGCUCUCACACCAGCGUGGGGGACUCCAGCCAGAUGCUGUCCCUUCAAAGCUUGUCGGAAAAAUCGGGUUUCAGGAGUACCCCUGACCUAACUGGCCUGUAGACAGCAAACUCAUGUACAGCCAAUGCAUUCGUGUUGUCACAUCGCAUAAAAUCUACAUGGAACAUGGAAGUUGGCUUGGGGUGAAGCUCUAAGAUAAGCAUGACAAAUAGCUAAGAGUGUUGCCUAUAAUUACUUUGCUCCCAUUACAUGCUUAAAUACUUAAGAGGUGGACGGUGUUAGUCUGCAGUGGACAUGAAAUCUAAAUCUGUGACUUGUAAAUUAUGCUUGUCCUCUUGUAGUGUCACCACUGACACAGGUGUGCCUAAAUCAGAGAUCAUUUGUAAUCAAAGGAAGCAAAGAAAUAGAACAUCCAUUAAUCCAUGGUAAAACACCCUAAAAGCCAGAGUACAGCCAUUGCAAUGUCACUGCACAUCUUUUUUUAACUGUAUAUAAAAUCUAUAGAUGUACAAGUCAGUGUUGGUGAAUCACUUUUUGAAGUAGAGAAUAUCAGCUGUGGAAUUAGAAUGUAUACCUUUACUAAAAAAGCUGCUAAUCUGCACUGUUUACACAGUGCAAAGUCCUGCUUAAUUAAAUUUAUUGUUCUUCA